AGCAGUCGAACAUUUGCAGAAGACUCAAUUUUGUCCAUUCACUUACUGUGAUUACACCACCAUGGCUUCACAAAAGCAAGUGGCCAAAAUAGAAGGAAAGCCAGCCCCAGCUCCAGAGGAAGAACCAGCAUCAGCAGCACUGGAAACGGUUGCUUCUGCCCCAACUGCAACACCAGAGUCAGCUACAAAAGAAUCCGAAAAAGCCAGCACUGCACCUGGGCCAGCCCCAGUCGAAGAUCCAGCCAAAGCACAAGCAUCUCUUCCUAAUCCAGCUUUCAAAAACGAUCCUGCUGCUGCAGGUAAUUUCACUGCUGAACAACUUGAAGAGUUCAAGGAAGCAUUCCUGUUGUUUGCCAGGACUCCCUCGGGGGAGAUGAAGAUAUCACUAGCUCAGUGUGGGGAUGUGAUGAGAGCUUUGGGCCAGAACCCAACUAAUGCUGAAGUCUUGAAUGUUCUAGGGAAACCAAAGCCUGAAGAGAUGGAAACCAAAAUGAUCGACUUUGAGACUUUCCUGCCUAUGUUUCAACAAGUUUCAAAGUCUACGGAAAGGGGUACAUUUGAAGAUUUUAUUGAGGGCCUUCGGGUCUUUGACAAAGAAGGCAAUGGUACAGUCAUGGGGGCUGAACUCCGCCAUGUGCUUGCUACUUUGGGUGAGAGGUUGUCUGAGGGUGAAGUGGAUCAGUUGCUGGCAGGGCAAGAAGACACAAAUGGUUGUAUCAACUAUGAGGCUUUUAUAAAACAUGUCAUGGCGGCUGAGUGAUCGUUUCUGCCUAGGUACAGUGGCAGCCUCACAUUGAUGUUUGCAGAAGUAAUCUGAAGGUCAUGUGUGAGAAUUGACAUCAAUAAAACAACAUUUUUGUAAAAUAUUA